CGCUUACCUACUGCCACUGCCCUCUGCCUUCACGCCGCCCGCACGCCACACCCCACCCUCUGCCACACGCCGUCGCCUUCGCCCACGCCGCACCCCGCACGCCGCACACUGCGCCGUCGCCCACGCCGCACGCUGCCCGGCCCUUCUCCCUCCUUCUCACUCUCAGAACUUCUCAGUCUCCCUAAGUCCCUCUCAGUCUCAGCUCACGAUCUCGACUCUCCCUCUCACUCCAGUCGCCGCAUGUCCAGCCCGUCCCCCUCCCAGUCCCUCCCACUCUCAGAGUCUCAGUUUCCCUAAGUCCCUCUCGGAGUCUCGGCUCACGAUCUCGACGACUCGACUCGACUCGACUCUCCCUCUCACUCUCAGGCCGACUUGACGGCGUCAAUCUCCCUCUCUCCAGUCUCUCGGCUCUCUUAGACUCCGGCGUCCAUCUGCAUUUUUUUUUUUUCACAUUUCACAUUUUUUUUUUUUUAAGAUUUCAAUAAAUAAAGUAAGCAUUUUUCUUUAAAAAAUAAAUUUUUAAAAAUUAAAAUAUAUAAUUAUUUUUUAAACGUAUAACAACGGCGGGUUAGGGUAUGUGUUUAGGUCCAUUUUAUAUCGACCCGUUUACGGUUCGACCUGUUUUCAAUCCGUCCAAAUCAGAUCCGUGAACCCGUUUUGUCACCCCUGCAGCCACUAUUUCUCCCUCGUGAACACCUGCAAACACACUGAGCGAGAGAGAUUCACACCAGAAAGUUAUAUUUUGCCGUGGUCCAUCUAAUGGCACUCCGAGUUGGACGUCUGAGACCAAUGUCUAAGUGUUUUCGACUCAUGUUCCCAGGAACUCAUUAUCAACAAGCUAGACAGGAUAUUCACUUUUCUACUUUUUUGAUGCCCUUUCCUACUGCAAAAGAGAAAGUCAGAAAGUGUAUUUUAGAGAGAGGAUGUAGUGCUGUGAGGUUUUCUACAGUGUCAGAAAUAUCACAGAAAACAUCUCCUGCUGUUGAGCUUUUGUCUUUCAUUGAAUCUGCUUCUGAGAAGCUUGAAGAAGUUGCUGAAGGAUUUGAUUGUGUAGGAACAGAUGGUCCUUAUCAUUUUUGGUUGAAUAAAGUUUAUGAAGGCCAUAUGUUUUGCAAGAAAGAUGGAUUUUUCCUGGUUCUCGCUGGUGUGUUCCAGGAGGAGUCUUUAAUUAUGCUUGAAAAAGUAAAAUUACUUCAGCAGAGGUAUCCAUUGCUCCAUGUGAUUGGUUUUCAGUCUGGCAGUUCAAUUUCCUCAACAGCUAAUAAAACUCGCUUAAUUCAGUUAAUCUCUAAGGAAUACAUUACAUUUCCUAUCCUAUUGUCAAACAAGAAUUUUUCAGAGAUGACAAGUGCAGCAAGCUUCAUUUUAUUUGAAGAUUUUAGAAGCCCUUUACUGUGCCAUGAGUGCACUGUAGAUGUUGGAAUCUUGAAUAGUGCCAUUGAGGAGCUAAAUGCACAGCACAGUGGGAGUUCUGGUUUGAUCAGUACCUUGGAAACAACUGGUUUGAAGCAAAAUGAGAUCAUUAAGGAGCCAUAUAUAUGUUCUAUUCGAAAUCUACUUCUUUAUUACCCAGCCUGCAUUUCCAUUGAUGAAAAUAGUGGUCGUUUGUUCCUUUCUGACAGCAAUCAUCAUCGGAUUAUUGUGUUUGAUGGCAGUGGAAUGAUUCUAGACUGUAUUGGUUCAUCCCCAGGAUUUGAGGAUGGAAGUUUCGAAUCUGCCAAGUUUGUGCGUCCUGCAGCUUCCUUUUAUCAUGAUACUGAAGAUUGCCUUUAUGUUGUGGACUCGGAGAAUCAUGCCAUCAGGAGAGCUGAUAUGGGGAAGAGAGUUUUAGAGACAGUUCAUCCAUCACACAAAUCAAAUAAGAAAUAUGGUAGUUUGUGGAGCUGGAUUAUGAAUAAACUGGGCCUGGAACGUGCUGUCAAGGAUGAAGAUAUUGGUUCAGAAUCACUUAUUUUUCCUUGGCAUCUGAUGAAAUCAGAAGAUGAUAUUUUAUUAGUUAUGAAUAAGAGCUUUAAAACUUUGUGGACUCUGGAUAUGGUGUCUGGGGAGAUAAAAGAAGUCAUCACAGGAUUUCCAAAGAUUUGGGAGAUCUGUGGAUGGAUGAUCAUGGAGAAAGUGUCCAUUUUGAAGCAGCUGCCACAUGAAUGGUUGCAACAUGAAGUUGAUCAAAAUAGUCCACUGAAAGAAAUUCCAUAUGCUGGUCUCAUGUCAUCAUUAGCAACCUUCCAGAACCAUGUUAUAAUUUGUGAUACAGUUGGUCACAGGGUUCUUAGUUAUUCUAGAGAAUCUGGAAUUUCUACAAACUUCCAGUUUUCAAAUUUUGGGAUCCUUGGACUACCUUAUUGGUUUUCCUUCUCUUUGGACAACGUUCAUACAGUUGACUAUCAACUUCUAGGAACACAUGCUGAUCAUCUUCAGUGUCUCAGUUUGUUACCAGGCAGGCUUGACAUAAAGUUGACAGUAGAUAUACCGAAGGAUACUGAGCUUGUAGAGCCAAUAGAUGAAAGUUGUAUAUGGCGACAGGCAAGAGGGGCUGCUGCUGAUGUCUCAGGAGGAGAUAGUGUAGUAGCAUCAUCAGACAAGGUUGGUAUUGCCCAACAAUGGUACGAUGAAUUGGAUAAUGUUGCGCAUGCUGCACCUGGAUCAGAAUUGAGUGAAGAUACUACCUCAGAUAGAAUCCAGAAGUCUCAAGAAGAUAGGGUUUACAUUGACUGUGCCGUCAAUGCCAGUCCUGGAACAAGUGAGGUUGUCAUUUAUGCAGCACUCUACUUGAGGCUUAGAAAAGGUCCAGAUUCACAGGAGGGCAAUGUGGAGAGAAGUGCAGCAAGGAUAGCAGAUCUUUUGAACCCUCAAAAAGGCGGUAGCAUUGAACGAGAUGCAUGCGUCGAGUAUUUGUUAGGAUCAAACAGAGAUUUGUGCGACGUUGUAUUCAUGAAGCCUCUGCAUGUGAGAGUAAAGUUGGAUUGUCUCGAUCAUCCAAAAUCCGACAGCUCAAAAGAUAUCAUAUUAACUGAUUCUUCUAUCGACAUAAAUGUGUCCCUUAAUUCGUGAUUCGAUUGUGCUACUGCAAUUUUGGUUAUAUUUUUGUAAUUUAAUUCUUGCGAUUAUUGUUUAUUUUAAUAAAUAGGUAAUUUAAUGCUUCUUUUUUUUUUUUUUUCUUUGUUUUCUUUUUUAAGAAAAUCCACAAAUUACAGUGCUUGUAUAACAUGGAGGCCCUAUAUAGUUGUGGGGAGUAUUUGUUUU